ACAUAAAUUUCCAUUGUCUCUGACAGAGAGGGUCGGACUUCGGUGGUUUUAAUAAACUUAAACGUCUUCUCUCCGUAUAUUUUCUUGUGUACCCUUUAAAAUCCAUGCUCAUCAUAUAUAUUUGAUGUCCAUGUAACUGGGUAGACAUUAUAAGAUGGUUUUUACUGAGUAAUGACAGAGUAAUGUAGCUGCCAAAGAAGAGGUUCAGUUGACAAAACUGCGCGAAGGCUGCUCUGCCAAGGCCAAUCGUUACCGGUAUAGCAGCAUUCGUGCGCUACACCGGCACAGCGAUUUCAACAGUUCGAGUUCCAAACAUCUCGAUCUCCUGCCCUAUCUGCGUUUGGAUUGUUGGUUGUUGAAUCCAGUCUUGGCCGUUGGAUCACUACAAGACUAGCAAAAUGUCAACGGCGAGCUCAGAGUCUUCUACCAAGAAGACCUAUGGCAUCACAUCAGCUAUCAGUUUGGUGGGACCACGCCCUGAAGACAACAGGCAGACAAAGGAAUUGGUAGAAGCUCUCAAGCCACAUGGAGUCUUUGAGAAUGAAGAGGAGCUUAACCACAGGUUGGUGGUGCUUGGGAAGCUUGACCAGAUUGUCAAGGACUGGAUCAGAUUAGUAGCAGAGGAGAAAAACAUUCCACCAAACAUAGCCGAUACAGUUGGAGGCAAGAUCUACACAUUUGGUUCUUAUCGACUAGGAGUGCAUACUAAAGGUGCUGAUAUAGAUACACUAUGCGUAGCCCCUCUCCAUGUAGAGAGAAGUGAUUUCUUCAAGUCUUUCUAUGACAUUGUCAAAGCAUUGCCAGAGACCAAGGACUGCAGAGCAGUGGAGGAAGCGUUUGUUCCAGUAAUCAAGCUAGUCUUUGAUGGCAUAGAGAUGGAUAUCCUGUUUGCCCGUCUGGCCCUCCGAGUUGUACCAGAGAACCUAGAUCUGACAGAUGAUUCCCUUCUCAAAAACUUAGAUCCAAAGUGUGUGCGCAGCUUGAAUGGGUGUCGUGUUACAGAUGAAAUUCUGAAUGUAGUCCCGAGCAAAGAGAAUUUCAGGUUGACACUGCGAACGAUAAAACUCUGGGCCAAAAAGAAAGGUGUGUAUUCCAAUGCCCUUGGUUUCUUGGGUGGUGUAUCGUGGGCUAUGCUAGUAGCUAGAACCUGUCAGCUCUACCCCAAUGCUGCAGCAUCUACACUUGUCAACAAGUUUUUCCUCGUCUUCACAAAGUGGGCAUGGCCACAGCCUGUGUUACUGAAACCUCCAAACACCUCAACAGAACUUGGCUUUGCAGAGUGGGACCCAAGGGUGAAUGUGAGUGAUAGGUUUCACUUAAUGCCUAUCAUCACACCAGCCUACCCUCAGCAAAACUCUACAUACAAUGUCUCUCAGUCUACCAAGACCGUCAUAGAACAAGAACUUCAAGGAGGUCUCGCCAUUACUCAGGAAAUCAUGCAAGGCAAGGCUACGUGGGAGAAACUCUUUGAAUCUUCCAACUUCUUUGGGAAGUACAAACACUACAUUGUUUUGAUAGCAAGUGCUGGGAAUGAAGAUGAUCAUCUCAAGUGGGUUGGGCUGGUAGAAUCAAAGAUCAGAGUGUUGGUUGGUAACUUAGAGAGGAAUCCUCACAUCAAACUCGCCCAUGUCUACCCCAAAUCUAUCUCACCCAGCACCCCGUUAGAUGGAUCAGUAGAAGAGAAGACUGAUGAGCAUUCCACCCUAUGGUUCAUAGGCUUAGAGUUUCAGCCUCUGGGACCAGCAACCAAUGUGAACUUGACCCUAGAUAUACAGUUCUUUGUCAACACCGUCCAUAGACACUCAGUCACCAUCAAGCUCCUACAGGAAGGCAUGAAGAUUGAGGCCAAGCAUGUCAAGAGGAAAAAGCUCAGUGAGUAUGUCCCAGCUAGCAUGCUCAAGUCCAAGAAGAAAUCCCUCCCAUCCACUGAUGGGAGCAGUCGAGGCAACACCCCCAAGAACUCCUCCUCAGACGCAGCCUCCCGCCUCACCCCCUCACCCCUUAACAAGACGGGAGACAGCAUCAGUGAAGACGAGUUCCUCUAUGGACCUAACCUGAGUUCCCCAGCCCUUAUAUCUAGCCUUGAUGUACGGGGGAGAGAAAACCCCAGUGCCAGCUCCAUAGAGUCAGCAGGCACAGGGGAUGGAGGGACAGAACCUUCUCAAGAUACUGUAUUUCAGUCACCCAAGUCAAGUAGAACCGAGCCAUCGACAGACGAAGCCAGUACUGAUACUGAUGGCAAUGGACCAAAUACACAACCCUCAUCUCAGGAAGAACAAGCCCCUACAGGAAAUGCUGCUGAAAUCCCGACCAUCAAGGUCACUGCUCCCGAUGAAGACACGCAGGAACCUUCAAUAAAACCAUCAGGGGAUGAUGCACAGACAUUCAAACGCCCCUCAUCCCCACCUCCGGUGUCAGAGUCACCCUCAAAGAAAGUCAGAACAGACAAUGGAGUCACAAUUCCAGAUACCAAGCAAGGAGAAGAUGAUAGUGAAGUGAAGGAGACAGAGGAGGGGGAGGAUGAGACACAAACCUUCAAGAGGCCCUCGUCCCCCGUCCCAGUCUUAGAGUCACCUCCCAAGAAGAUGAAGACAGACAAUGGGAUCAAGGCAGGUGGAGAGCCUGUAUCUCUCACUUCAGACUGCAAUGAGAAUGGAGAGAGUGAAGAAGAUACAAGUCCUCAACCACUACCUCGCUUAGUCAUACGACAGAGAGUACCCAGCGGAGAGCUACCUGAUAUGGCUUCCCCACUUCCCGUCGCCCCGAAAGCCCCCAUCGCAAAAAACACAAUAAGACUGAACUUGAAUGUGAAAUGAAUACAGAUAACUCAGAAUAUGACUCAGGGUCACAUAGCCUUGAUCCUUGAAGUCUCAUGCAGUCUGAAAACUUGCAAACUUGCGAUGAUGUUCUGAAUUUCCUCCAGGUACUCGAGGCAGUCAGUGAGGAAAUAAGGUAAGACAUCUGCACGCCCAUCAUUGAUUCUCACACGAACUCGGAUCAUUCUUCUUUUAGAGAAGAAAAAAAAAUCCCGAAGAAUAUGCUGAAGAUGAGAAAAGUAGGCGUUCGAUGAAGAGAGGAGAUGGAUCCCUUUUGUACAAAUAGAUUUGUACCUUCAAAGGAGUAUAGUAUUCUUUAUAGACCUCAUGUAAUUUACAUUUCUAGGAUGAGAUAGAAAAGAAACAUGUUGUUAUCGUUGUUCAUUUCUUCUGUUCAUAUUCAGUGAUGUGAUGAUAUCUGUGGAGUAAUUUUGAUAUUGAAUUAAUAAAAAAUGGGAACUAUUAACCAGAAAGGUAAUACCUGUGAAUUUUGUUUCAUUUCCUUCAGAGUUUGUCACAUAUAUUUGAAAUGGGAUUGUAAUGUUGGUAGUAGGAGGAUGCUUAUCCAGAAUAUAUAAAUAUAUCAAGAGAUCAUAAGAUUGUGAUAGAAAUAGAUAAACAGCAGGCAUCUAGAUUUUAGUAUCAUGAAUAUUUAUGGGGAUAUUUUUUUAUUGGUUGGGGUAAUCUCUGUAUUGUGAGAUAUUCUUUUUUUUAAGCAAUUGUUUCAUGGAAAAUAUUGAUGCCUACACAAUUUUAAGCUGUAUGCUACAAGGAAAUAUUAAUACUUUUGGAUGAGGAAAUCGUUUUAGGUGAAUAUUUCUUUUGAGGCAGUGGUUACAUUUAUGAUUGGAGGAAAAUGAUAUAUCUCUUUUCUUUCAAUGCUACAAGAUAAUACUUGUUAUCAGAAUUGGAUGAGAAGAGUGUGAUUUAUAUAUGAACAAAUCAACCUCCAGUGUUUUGUAAAAUGCAGAAGGGCAUGGGGAACAUAUUUUAUGCGAUUUCCAGGACUGUCAAUUCUAGGGCAAUUACCUGAUUUCAAACUUAUUUACCUCUUUUUUUUUGUUAUUAUACCCGUUACUUCAUUUUAUACAGAGCAUGUAGAAAUCCAAUGGGACUGGGUUUUUUAUUUGUAUAGUUUCAACUAGUAUCCCAGGAGAAACCGAUAUACUGAUUAAAGAAGUUUCUGAAAUAAGGUCUCUGUCAAACAAUGAUUAAGAAUCUUGCAAGUAACAAUCUAUAUGCAUAGCUUGCACUUAUUUAGUGAAGUGCUAUGUUACUUCUUGGCAUCGCCAAAUGUAUCUAAAGUAGAGGUUCAUUGAUUUUAGAUGUUUAUUUAAUUUGUAUGAUUGCAUAAGGGAAGGUAAGAUCAAACAAGUUUAUACAAAUUCCUCAUUUGGAAACAUUCAAAGUAACGAUUAUUAUCAAUUAAAAAGUUAAAUACUGCGCCAC